CCAAUGGGGCCACAGAGCCAGCUCGUCGUGGUUGGCCGUGGCUUACGAGCACCAAUUUGUCCAUCCCGCGAUUCGAGGAGGAAAAGCAAGGAAAAGAGGUACAGAUGAGAUUAUGGGAAUACUGUCAUGCGGCAAAGUAGAGAGGGACGCCUCAGGCGCACUUACUUGUGUCGCCUAUCUACCCCUACAACGAUCUCAGCAACCCGUUCUAUCAAGAUGACGCGCUCAGACCGGACUUCAACCUGGAUGCCUUACAGAGCGUCCUCACAGCCAUGCAACAAGGCGAGGCCAGCAUGGCAGCCGGCAAGGCCUACGUCGUGUAAGCAUAGAUCUAUUCAUCAUACGGAUAUCGCAAAAUGCCGGUGUUGGGCGUCAGCUAAUAGCUGCUGGUCAAGCCUGGGCGAAAUGAUUCGGAUUGAUCAUCUAUUGCCUCGCGAGUCCGGCGGGAUCGGUGCUCUAUCGCAAAUUGGGCUUCAGAGAGCUCUCCCGAGUUGCGCUCAAUCCGAGCCAGCCCGAUAAGAUUGCGCUGGGUAUGAUACUAGAUACAGAGUGAUCGACGUCAAGGGAUGCAAACGGCUGUAUGUUGCUCAGAGUCUCGGAUGACAACAAAGCUGUUCUCGCGUCUGCCU